AUGCGGGAGAUGGCUAGAAAACGACUACAACUUCAGAGGGCAGCAGACGAGGCAGCUCAGGCAGCUGUACCGGCGGCUAUUGGUACAGCUCCCCCACGGCCGCCUCCGACAGUGGAGCCUCAGCGCACCGGGGUGCCCAUUCAGCCCGUUUACACUGCCAUUGCCAUGCAAGCAGGCUUCUCGGACCCUAAACCGAAACCCCGGCCGGAGCAGCCUUGGCUGAAGCGUCCUCUUCGAAGUGGACGGCGUCUGUGGCCCUCACGCAAGCCACCGGUAUCGACCGAAAGUCUCAGCUCGGGCGGUUUCCACGUCCUACAAGAUAUGGGGCCGGAGCUGGAGCAGAACAGUGCGGGGUCCGCUCAAGCUCCUAGCACGGACGGUGUCACGGACGACUCUCCGAUUACAUCGGAGCCUCACCCGAACAUGGCUCCGGACGUCGCGCGGGCCAGGCCUCGCCUAUCGUCAGAAGAUCGAGUCCGUCAAAAAGACUUUAAACAACGAGGGCCAGCGCCCGAGAUCUCGGGGCCGACGCUCCUAGCCAAACAACGUCUCGAACGCAAAACCUGUAAGCGGCUGGUUAAACAGCAACAGAAAGGACGGUGCACUUCGAUCCCAAUGGAUCCUCGUCCAGAGACCGGUCCUUUUCAUUUGAACGAUUUAAAGCGUAUUCUAGGCUUACGGGAAGUGCCCACCCCAGCCACUGGAAACUGUUUGGCGAUGGCGAUUGCUCAAGCCGUCGCAGAUUCUGCCUUGGACGCACCACUCACCGUCCUGGAGCCUCUCACGGCCAGUAUUAAGCGUGUUAUCAAGUACGCUGAGCUGCUGAACCUGGAAGGUCAGCGUCCACACGACCUGAGGGUCAAUACAUUAAAAAAUGUUGGACGCGGGUGGCAGACAAUGACCAGAGAGGAGUCGGCAACUCAACCGCGGUGGUUUUUAACAGACUUUGCAGCAACCUCGUCUGACAGAGAUACCAUCGUUUCGAAAUCUUGCUAA